CCUUCUUUUUCCUUUCUUUCUUUUUCUUUUCCUAUCCAUGAGGGAACCACCGCACCGAAAUUCUCAAACUGUUGCCACCGCCGUAACCUCCCCUAGGAGCCGCCGGAUGGAUUGGUUGAUGGUGUUGGUGCUCAUGUUUAUGUAUGUUGGGAUAUACUUAAUCCACCCAUUUAAACGUUUUGUGGGGAGAGAUGUGAUCGCCCAUCUUAAAUAUCCAUUGAUGUCCGUCACUGUUCCCUUUUGGACGGUUCCAUGGUAUGCAGUUGUGGUACCAAUUGCAAUCUUUCUGUUGGUGUAUAUGCGUAGGGGAGACCCCUAUCAUCUUCAUAAUGCCAUUUUAGGCAUUCUCAUCUCUGUGCUCGUAACAGGAGUUCUCACCGAAACAACUAAAAAUGCUGUUGGUUGGCCACGCCCCGACUUCUUUUGGCGUUGCUUUCCCGAUGGAAAUGAAGUUUACGAUCGAAUGGGAAAUGUGGUAUGCCAUGGGAAGAAAAGUUACGUGUUGGAUGGGUACAAGAGUUUUCCAAGUGGUCAUGCUUCAUGGUCAUUUGCUGGUCUUGGUUUUCUCUCAUUAUAUUUAUCAGGAAAGCUGAAGGUAUUUGAUCAUGGAGGCCAUGUUGCAAAAUUACUUGUGGUUCUCUUCCCUUUGUUGGUUGCUUAUGUUGUUGGGAUCUUUAUGGUGAAUGACUAUAUGCAUCAUCCCCAAGAUGUCUUUUUUGGUUCUCUCAUGGGUCUUUUAGUGGCCACUCUUGUUUAUUUUCAGUUCUUUCCAUCCCUAUUUCAUCAUCAUCAAGAUGUUUUCAUCCCAACUACGGAACAAUCUCGAACAAAUGAUCAAACAAGCGACAUUCCAGUGAAUGUUGUUGAUAGGUCGAUAGACAUCGAAGCCCCUGCCCCCCUCGAAAGUAGAGAGAGGUGACUUCAUAUAAAGUAGAAAGACUAUCAUUUUCUCGCCUCGAGACAAAAUAGAAGAACAAGGUUUCAAACUCAACUCACUUGGCGGAACAUGCUCACCAGCCUCUCUUAUAUAUUUGGACUACAUAAAUCAUAUUUGUAUGAGAACGUGUGUGUAUAUUUAUGAUUGGAAACAAAAUCCAUUUGUUUCAAGAUCACUAUUACUGAAUUAAGGGAGAUGUACAUUUGUUUUGGUUAGAAUUAGUCUAUACAUACUUAUAUAUGAGU